AUGACCUCCCUGCCGGGGAGCGCCGGUGACGCGCCGGCCCAGCCGGCGGUCCAGUUCCAAGAGACGGUUCUCUAUCACACCGGGUCGCGGUGUCUGACAUGUGCACUGGUGGAUCGCCAGGGCUUCGGCCCGGAGUCGCUGGUGAGCGCGUAUGUGGUGGAACGGAAGCCGGCCCCCGAGGCGGCCGGGGCAGGCCGCGGCACCGGGGGCAUGGCCUCCUCCGGCCCGGGCCGGCCUCGGAGCGCCUCGCAAACGAGCGCCGGGUCGGCCGACGAGGCGGACGAAGAUCUGGAUGGCCGGUUCACCGAGCGCGGCCAGACUGGCGUCCUGCUGGCGAUCAUCUGCCCGCGCCAUGGGCGCCGGGAUGUGUUAAUUUCCUCGCGGCCGCGGACCUUCCGCCGGCUGAUGGCCACCCCGGCGCUGGCGCCCUUCCAGUCGCUGCCGCCGGCUGGCGGUCGGCCGGCAUUGCCGCCGGCCGAGGCCAAGCGCCUGGCCGACUGGUGGCGCCAGCCCAUUGAUGGGCGUUUGACGAGCCAGGCUUUUGACGCGAAAAAGCUUCUCGAGCACGCGGGCCACGUAGUCCGGCCGGUGGUGCUGGACUUGCCGGUGUUUCUGGACGGAGCGCUUGUCCCGCUGGAGAAGCUGCGCGAGCAGCUGGCCGCCUGGCAUCGUGUCUAUCCGCCUGGGUCGCACUUCGUCGUUCGGGCCCAAGUAAACCUGGCCACCGAUAUGGCAGCCGUUAAUGCUCUGCUCCUGGGGCUGGUGGGCUUCAUCAGCGGGAUAAUGCUUGUUGAGCUCUCCUAUGACCGAUUCAUCAGCCUGGCCCGGCUGGCUGAUGACCCAGUGGCCCCGGUGUACCGGUCGAUCUUGUCCAACCCCCAGGUGUACCCGUAUGUGACGUGGUUCUUGCAGGCCGGCGCGCCCGAAGCCACCAGCUAUCCGGCCGACCUGGAGACGGUGGUGGCCCAUGCGCGCACCUUCACCGGGCUGAAGAUCAUCCUGGACUUCAACAUCGACCACCGGGAGGACCGCCGGCCGGACUUGGUCCCCUUGGCGCGGGCCGUCCGCCGGGGCGUCGGGGUCAUCAGCGGGCUGGUGGUUUCCUCGGCCCGAGCCCCGACGGACAUCUUCUCCGGGCUGGGGCUUGGGAUUGACGAUGGCGGCGGCGGUGAUGGUGAUGGCGGCGGCGGCGGCGGCGGCGGCGGCGGCGGCGGCGGCGGCGGCGGCGGCCCGGCCCCCGGCCUGAAGCCCGUGCGCGGGCAUGUCCGAGCCCCGGACUGCGCGGACUGGAUGGACCAGCUGCCAGCGUGCAAUGAUGCGGAUGCCUUCGCCGUGGCCGGGGCCGUGUGCGAGGCAUUCAGCAUCGCCAGUGCCGUGGCCGCCAGCGAAGCCCUCGGGGCCGAGCCGGGGGGGGGAGGCGCGGCGGCCGUGCUGCAGGCCGAGGCGGCGGCCGCGCGGGCCUCCCUGGCGCGGCUGUCCAUCCAGGACUUGCAGCCGGCCUCCGGGCUGGCCCUGCUGGAGCCGCUGUUGCCAUUGGCCUUCCCCCUGGCCGGGGCAUUGGCCGGGGCGGGGGCCGAUCCGUGCGGGGCCGGCGGCGGCCCGGACGACCCGGGAGCCGACUAUUUGCCUCGGUGGGCCGGGCCCCUGUGUGCCAUGGGGACCAUCCUGCUGAACCAGCCGGUCCCGGUGGGCGGGGCUCCCGCCGGCGGGGGCUCGGCCGUGGAUGCCGAGGGCCGGGCGGCCGAGCACCGGGAACUGGUGCACCUGCGUGCGGUGCCGCUCGAUCGGCUGAUUGAUGUGGAGCGCCUGCAUCGGGAUGUCGGGCCAUUUGUGGCGACCUUGUCGAAUGCCCGGCGUCGGCGGCUGGAGCGCCUGGCAGCCCAGCGGCAGGCCAAGCUGGCCGGGGCCCGGGAUGCGGCCGGGGCCUUUGUCGGGCCGACUGGGCGCCGGCUGCCGGGGGCCGGUGUCGUGCAGCCGGCCCCGCCGCUGCCUCAGUACCAGCCGCUGCGGGAUUUGGGUCCGGUCGACUCGUGGCGCUUGAAGCGGGCCCUGGUGGCCGCGUGCCGGACCCCGGCCGAUGAGGCGGCCCGGCGGCGCUUCCACCUGGCCACCACGCCCAAGGGGCUGCUGCCGCCGAAGUUGCUGGCCAAUUUGCUGGAGGCCGAGUCGGGCGCCGGGGCGGCUUCCUCGGCGGCUGGCUCGCCGGCUCCCUUCGAUCUGGACAGCCUGGCGGCCAAUGCGCAGUUCCUGCUGGUUCGCCUGUGCCAGGACGCCGGGGCGGUGGAUGUCAGCCGGUGUCCGCACUGUGCCGGGCGCGCGGUGCCGGGUUUCGCCCCGGACGGCAGCCCGACCCCGGUCUUCGGGGCCCCCCCUGGUUCUGGGCCCCUGCCCGGGAGCUGUCUCUGAGCGGGGCGGGGGGUGGGGGGCGGGACGGGGAGGGAGGUGUGCGCGCGCCUGGCGCGGCGAGAGGGGCCAAAGGGCGGCAGCGUGUCCACAGCAGGGGGCCGCCGCCGGUGGAAGUCCAAGUGCCCGG